AUGAAAGAAUGGUGGGAGUCUUUUUCUUUUGUAGGUACGGCGGGUGAGUGUUUUUCAAAGAAGUUAAAUGCUUUAGAAGAGAAAUUGAAGGUGUGGAAUCGAGAUAUCUUUGGGAACAUUGAUAUGUCUAUCGACACGGCACUUACCAAGUUGAAAGAGUUAGAUGAACUAGAUGAUGAAAGGGGUCUUACCGAAGUUGAAGAAGACAUGCUUGUGACGGCGAAAGUGGAGUUUGACGUGGCUCAUCAUCGUCAAAGCAUAAUGAUGCGGCAAAAGUCAAUAAUGAGAUAUUUUCGAGAUGGAGAUAGAAACACCAAACAUUUUCAUCGUGUGGUAAAGGGUCAUAUAGCUUUUAACAACAUCAAUAACCUUCGUAUCAAUGGACGAUGGAGCUGUAACAAAGAUGAAAUCAAGAUGGGUAUUACAAAUCAUUUUGAGUUAGCAUUUAAACAAACAUCAAACAAUCGUCCAAGAAUCAAAAAUAUGUGUCUAAAGCGUAUUGAUGAGGAUGCAAGCAUUUGGUUGGAGAGACCCUUUAGUGAAGAGGAAGUUAAGAAUGCAAUUAAAGAUUUGGGAAUUGAUCGUGCUCCGGGUCCGGAUGGAUACCCUAUGAAGUUAUUCAUUGUUUGUUGGGAUUUUCUAAAAUAA